ACCCCUAAAAAAAACAUCUCCAGCCGCCGCCCCCAUCUACCUCCUCCCCCCGAUCCCCUUCUCCCUACGCCCACCUCCCCGGCUGCGCCCUCUCUCUUCCCCGCCGGCCGCGUUUCCAGCCGGCAGCUGAGUCCACACCGGCCGCGUAUCAAUCCCCUUCGUCGCCGCCCACCGGUCCAAGCUAUUCCCCUCCCGAAACCCUCCCUCGCUUCCACCGACCGGCCGGCCGACCAUGCCGCAGCUGCCGGACGAGCUCCUGGAGGAGAUCUUCCUCCGCCUCCCGCCGGACGAGCCCGCGGCGCUCGUGCGGGCCUCCCUCGCCAGCAAGCCCUGGCUCGCCCUCCUCACCGGCACCGCCUUCCGCGGCCGCUACCGCGAGUUCCACGGCGCUCCCCCGAUGCUGGGCUUCCUCUACUCGGUGUUCGACGUCUCCGGCCACGAGGGAGACCCCGCCCCACUCCUCGUCUCCACCUCCAAGUUCCGCGCGCGCAUUCCGGACUUCGCCAGUACGGACCAGGACUUUGAUUUGGUUGUGUGGGACUGCCGCCAUGGCCGGGUUCUCCUCGGGGAUGCGGAUUUAUCUUCUAGGCUGCUCGUGGUUUGGGACCCCAUGACGGGCUGCACUCGGCAGCUGGAUGGGCCGGACGAUAUCGGCAAGAUCGCGGUGCUCUGCGCGGUGAGCGGCUGCGACCACCGCUCGUGUCACGCCGGCCCGUUCAAGCUGGUCUGCGUCGCCGUGGACGAUAGUGUAGAUGGUGAGCAUGUUGCACGCGUAUGCGUGUCGUCGCCGGACAUGGGUGACUCUGAUGAGUGGAAGGAGCAGUGCCCUGGUCUUGAUGUUGCAGCGGAUGCAUUCAUCUAUGAUAUACCCGCUGUCCUCCUCCACGACGCACUCCACUUCAUACUUGGGUACUACGAUGAUAAUCGUGUGGGAAUUCUCAAGUACAGCUUGGCCUCUGAUUCUUUAUCAUUGAUUGAUGUGUCGUUUGCCGCUCGUGCCGAUAUCCUCAUGGCGAUGAAGGAUGGCAGUCUGGGGAUUGCACAUGUGGACAGCAGGUUAACCCUCUACGUGUGGUCCAGACAAAUAGAUUCCAACGGAGUUGCGUCAUGGACUCAUGGUAGAGUUGUGGAUCUCAAGAACAAUAUCCCUAUUAAAAAUCCCAAGAGAAUACCUAGUCUGAUCGGAUCUGUGGAGGGCAGUGAUAUCAUUUUCGUGAACACGGGUCAUUGCGUCUACGAGAUUGAUCUCAAGACACUAGAGUGGAAGGAGCGAAUGAAGGGGCGCAACUUCCAUUGUUUGAUUCCGUACAUGAGCUUCUACAAUCCUCCAGAAAGGAUGAUCCCUGGUGAUGCGUCACGUUGAGAAUGCGCGGUUGAGUAUGCAGGAUGCUACUACUCAUCAAUAAGAAACAUGACAACUUGGAGGCAUACUACUUAGUAGACUUUGGGUGCAGUGGUGCCUGCAUGUUUUCUCAUAUUAGUGUUGGCUUUUGUCUGUUAGUUUGACAGUUUCACCGUGUCGUCGUUUGCGUAAGUAGGUGAACCGUAAGUAGAUGUCCAGAACUAGCGGCUCCCUGAUAUUUCUAUCGAUAUAGAUAAUUUUGUUUGCACUACACCUACAUUUCAAGUGCCAAUGUGAUGUUGCUGCAGUUCUGUUAGAGAGCGAUGCUACUGAAGAGUAUAGAUUUAAACUGGUGUCUUGAGCUGUAAGUUUAUAGAGAUCUAACAGAGUAACAUGA